AAAUUUCAGGUAACUGCAUAUGCAACUUAGCUGAUGGUUUAAAGCACAUUCCCUACAGAGACUCAAAACUGACUCGACUUCUGAAAGAUUCCCUUGGCGGAAACUGUCAUACAAUUAUGAUUGCCAAUGUCAGUCCUUCAGUGACUUCGUAUGAAGAUACUUACAACACUCUCAAGUAUGCUACUCGGGCCAAAAACAUAAAAACAAAGGUGACGAGGAAUGCGAUGUCAGUAGACCUGGAUGUGGGGCAUUACGUAAAGAUGGUGGAGGAGCUGAAGAAGGAAAUCGUUCUACUCAAAAGCCAAACCAAAGCAUACUCAUCGUCACGAUCGUUUCCUCCAAACUCUGACUUAUCUGUCUGGUGCCGAGCUCUAGAUGAGAUCUUCGAUGAAAGAAUCGAAAUUAUGAAAAGUAUUCUCACGUUGGAGUGUAACCAAAAGCUUCUCGCCUUGAGGAAAAAACGGAAAUUGUUCAUGGCAAAUUUGCUCAAGGAAACACCUGGAAGUCAAGCUCAGGGAAUUGAAAAGGUGGAAGAGUCGCUGAGACAAUACGAUGCGCGAAUGGAGGCAAUGGUUUCUGCGCAGGCUGAACAGAGCAGACGCCAGAAAAGCAGUGAUGAGAAACUGCAAAAGCUGUUCAUUGAAAUGGAAGAGGCCAGAGUCAUUCAAGAUAUGGCCAAAGAAUUCGAAAUGAGAGAUGAAAAGUUGAAUAGAAUUCUAACCGAAGUGAAACUGGAUUACAUGAAAAAAGCUUUCAUGAUUGAUCAAAAAGAUAGUUCAACAAAUCUUCAGUCUAUCAAAACUCUGUUUGAAUCUUUCACCGAGUUCUACAAUAUCCUGUCAGGAAUGAAUUGGAUCACAGACAAAAUGGAAUCGACUUAUCAAUGCUCCAGAAAUAUUAUCGAGGGCAUGAAAACCAUUAGGUGGCUGGACAAUGAUGAAGAAGAAGAGUCCGAUUCCACCAGUGGUCACAUCGUUAAUAUUACAAAUUUUGAGACAAAAAUUGACCAUCUUUUAUCUUUCAAAGAUAAAACUACAAAGAAGAAACCAAUUUCGCUAACGCUUGAUGAAGAAGAUGAUAAAGAUGCAGCCCCGGCGAUUAUUAGUGAGGAUUUCUCAAAGGACGUCUGUGAAGAAGUGACGCCAACCUCUAGUUGUGAGAAUAAAUCAUCAGAAACAAAAGUGUUUAGCACUCCAACAAAAAUGGAAACAGACGAUAGAAUAGCAUCAAUUGACGAGAAAGAAAUUAAGGAAAUCUGUUCCACCACUUUCUGUGUAGAACAACCGUCUGCAAGUCUCAAUGAAACUAUAACAUUGGACUCGAACAAGGAUUCAGUGAAGAAGCCAGCGUCUAUCGGAAAACGGAUAAUGAAAGAGAAAACAUUCAUCAUUUCGAACAAGAAAGCGGCUCUAAAAUUAAAUACUGGCCUGGGAAUCAAUAAGGAGAAUCAAGCUAUCCAGAAGGUUUUCAAAAAGCCACUUCCGACAGCCAGAAAAACUCUUUCUCUGAAGCCUGUGAAUGUUCGUGCCAUAGAAAGUACUAACUUGCCCUUUCAAAAACCCAAGCUUAUUAAGUCAACGCCUCUGAAUUUGGCUCGUAGUAAAACAGGAGUUGUCAGCCGUAAUCCAGUCAAAACACCCACCAUACUUAGACCUUAGAACUUUUAUGGUAAAUGUGAAUUAUCAAUUGCUAUCUUGAGUAGGUUCUCCGCACCACAUGACUUCUUCCUGGAUUCUCUUUCACUAAGAUUGGAAGACCUACUAAUGAGAGACAAUCCAGGGUAGAAGUUAUGUGACGAGUUUGCCGAGUAUAUAGUAUAAUAAACUAAACCCUGAGAAAAUAUUUAUAAAAUUCUACAAGAACAAGUAGUAUAUAAAUAAAGUUGUGAAACAUGUAAAUGAAAAAACCUGAUAGGUUACAUUAAGUUCUGGAUUAUCAGAAUAAUUAGCCUUUGAAAGGUAUUCAGGGUUUCAAUAGUUUUACACAUAUUGAUAAUGAUAUUGAUAAUUCGUUAAUAAUUACAUUGUUUUCGACUUGGGAACAGUUAUUUUUCGAUGUAUGCCAAUCCACUUCGUAUUUUUUCAAAUAAAAUAGGAAAUUGAAUUGUUUUGUAAAGCGUUGACCAAGCAUUGCAGCUCAAUAAUGACAAUUGAAUAAGAUCAAUAGAUCUUGAACCUAGACAUCGAUAGUAUGACAAGCAUUGUAGCAAAAACAUUGAUGACUGCUAUUCAAUUAUUUAAUGUUGCAUGAAUUUUGUGUUUGUGUGUACGUCUGAUUCCAUCUUGAAUGGCUAAUCUGUCAAACUCUACAUUCUAAUAUUUGUGUAUUCUUUAUACCUGCGUUGAGGUAAGUUUUCAUAGCGACAUGGAAACUUAUAUGACUCAAUUAUGCGAUUUACAUUAUACUUGAAUUCUAUAUGGAAUAAAUACCAGCUUGUUUGUCUAUUGCAAAAUUCCCAUAUAGUUUCAUAUUAUGCAUCAUUAACUCGUAGUAAAGUGAUGCUUCUUGUACAAAACAUUAAUGAACAAGUGUAAAAUAUCAGUCAUACAGUCGUAGGUCUAGCAAAAUAAAUAUUUUCUGAAAAAAAAAUUAUGAACAAGUUGAAAAUUUUAAUAAUGCUACUUUGCUAAUUGCUAUUGUUGUGCCUGCCUUUAGUUGAAUUAUUAAUUUUAUUGGUUUUGGUCAAAAUAUAAGCAUCACUAAGAGCACAUAAGAACUUUUAAAUCCAUUCUUCACUGCUACAUUACAUGCUCUGCUUUAGAUACACACAUACCUAUUUAUACUAAAAUCAGUGAUACAACCAUUUCACUCAAGACAUUCGUUUUUUGUUACCGUUCGUUUGUCUUAGGCUACCCAGACUGGAUAUCCAUCAGUGUAAAAGUGUGAUUUAAUUCAAUAUCUAAUUAAUAUGGUUUCAUUUUGAAUCGAUAUCUGAAACUUCCAAACCUCAAAUUUAUCAUCACAUAUCAAUCCUUCUAUUUGAGAUGAUUAAUUGUAAGGUUUUGACAACAGGAAAAUAUUAUCAGUUUUCUCUUUUCAGAAAUGUAAUUGAAGCACUCCAGUUAAUUGGGUGGAAAAUUUAUCAUGAAAUCUUCAUAUUUUAUGAAAUGUGUAACAUGGAUUAAUACCAUCCUUUCU